CCCAUACAGCUUCAACUUCAAGCUUCAAAGCUUCAAGACCAGCUUAGACGGGGCUGGUCAUCGCUAGUCACGACAACGAGAACAAAAGAUUUGACAAACUGUCUGCAACCUAACUGCACUCUCUGACCGUGCCUUUGUUGGCUCGUGUCCAUUUACUACUACGCUUCUGCACCAACUCUGGUUAUGUCCAAUUCUCAGCAUACAAAAUCGGCCAACUCGACUUUGGCUCGUAGAAGAUAUCCCUUGCGUCGUCCAUCCCCAACUAGAAAACGCGCUACAGUAACUCACACAACCUCUCCUGCCACCUUCGACGUCUUUCAUGCGUCAGGCUCAACACGAGAUCUAAAUAUACGGCCUGUACUCGUUCCAUUGCAUCAAAAUCUUCGCAGACUUCCAUCUCGUACUCAUCUAGCUGGAAAACAUAUUGAUAUCGACGACUCCUCGAUGAAUCUCCGUGUUGGAUCUAAGCGGAAACGCGUCGCGAGUGGUAGUAACGAGAACGCGCAACACGGUAGCCACUCGUCGCGCGGUUCUGGCCGUUUUAAACGUUUCAAAUCCAGUAGACAGUCCAGCGAGACCAGUGAAGACGAGGAGCUUAGCUCUAUGGAUGUUGAUGUUGAUUCGCAUCACUACCCAUCUACUCGGCGAGGGCAAGUCGCGGUAGGAACUAGUUCCGACGUACUGUCCGAAGAGAGCGAAGAAGAAGAAGACGAAGACGAAGGCGUUGAAAAAGAUGUCGAUUCCUGUAAGCUCUUCGAGAAUUCUACCACUCCCGAACUCAUAUUUGCUCUUCACAGCGGACGACUACUUAAUUUCUUCUGCUUCGUCACGUGUCCUCAGUCGAAUGCGAAAAGAUGAUCUGAUUCGCCUGUAUGCCCUAGCAGGUCUAACAGAUGAUGUAGAGUCCUUUACGAAGUCGGAAAUUGUGCAGUCCAUCAUUGCUGCUCGUGAUGAUGUAGCUUCCCUGCCACCUUCCUCUCCACUUGGUCGGGGUGGAGGCUCAAGCGAUUAUUCUUCUGACGACGCUAUUGUUCCUGACGAAGAAGCAACGCCGAUGCCCAAUAUCCGCCGUCGUGUCACGAUAAAUGACGUCGCCAGAGAGGCUGAACGUCGGCCCCUCAAAAGUCGUAGCCUCUCGAUGGGCCAUUUUAAUGAUGAAAGUAGUUCAUCGUCACGAUCUCGUGCUAAACGGCAGACGAGCAAAGCUAUUGAAGCUACUAGUAGUACUAGCUCAAGGCGAGUAUUCUCAAAAUGAUGUAUUCA